AUGCGUGUCCAGCUUUACAUCAACGCUGAAGAGCAAACCUCGCUCUACAUUGAACCGUCGAAGACCAAAGCCGCUGAUGUUCAUCUGUAUGAGAAAGAGACGAUUUGCGGGGAGACCGAGUUCGAGACGGGCUUUCAACUUUGGGCAAACGAUGAAGGUGAAGUAAAUCACAAAGUGAAACUACAUGUGAUGUUGGGUGAAAAUGAUGAACAGGCAAUGAUGUGGAUUGAUUCGAGAAAGACCGAGAUUGUCGAGAUUCACUUCACGGAGACUGAAAAGCGAUGCUCGAACAAAACCCGCUUUGAUUUAUCGAUUCGACUUCGAUCAGCCAAUGCUGCCAAUGCAAAGCUAAUGACCCAAGGUGUGAGCUUUUCAGGGAAUCAACCAAUCCCUUCCUCGUCUCCUUUCACCAAAAACGGCUCAUUCCGCGUCAGUUUCAACAAUUCUUUUGACGAAAGAACUGUUGACCUUCUCGUUCAUUCGAGUGAUCGAAUUGAGCAAGUCAAACAUUCAAUUGCACGGAUUAUUAAUAAGAAAUACGAUGAGCUACGAUUCAUUUACGAUAGCAAACAACUCGAGGAUGGCCAUACUAUCUCCGACUACAAUAUUCAGAAAGACUCAUUGAUUCGUAUCAUUUAUCGCCUUUGUGGUUGC